AAAUUUGCUUGGACUUCAUAAAUGACGGAUUUAAGAAAAACGGGAGGUUGGUUGCGCAAACUGUGACGCAUCAAGAUUAUGAUCGUAAAAAGGGUGAGCGAUAUGCAACACGUAAACCGCAAGAGUCGGGAAUUUUGCAAGGCGAUGGGAGAUUUGCUAGCGAAACGCAAACAAGCACCGAAUUUACACCAAAGAAAGGAGAACGCUACGAAGCGACAAGGCCACAAACUUCGGAUCUGUGGAAGGUCAGGCCAACACACAAUAUUCACGAAGGGAAAUUAGAAGUGGAUUCUGUGGCGCAUCGCGAUUAUCCGGCUCAAAAAGGUGAACGAUACCCAACAUCUGUACCUAAGAGCUCCGACAUUCUUCGCGGCGAUGGCAAAUUCACUGCCGAAACGCAGAAAAGCGCUGAUUUUGGGGCAAAGAAAGGCGAGCGUUAUGAUAUAGUGCGACCUGAAACAUCGGAUCUGUGGAAGGUAUGUUUGACUAAUUUCAAAAUAUACCUAAAACUGGUAGAAAGAAGCU